AUGUCGACCCUCUCCUCGCCACGACCCUCAAUCGCCUCCUCCCGCGCGCACUCCCCAACACCCGCCUCCUCACGUCGCCCGUCCCUCGACGCCCUAAACACCUCCAUCACCGGCAGCCUCAGUGCGGCCUCAACCCCCUCAACAGCACGCGCCGUCUCUCCCUCUUUACAUCCCCGCCGCAACCGCGCCGCCCUCCGAGACUACUACAACCUCAAGCCGUCCGACGCCGCAAACCUCGGCCCCAAUGCCCGCUCGCGCAGCGUCCCCCGACAUACUGACGCCGGUGACAUCUCCAACCCCUCAAGCUCAGUGGUCACAGGCACAGAGCUCGACAGUCCGGACUUCGACCCGCAGCGAUAUGUGAAUAAUCUUCUUGCUACGUCGUCGCUCUCUACGAUCUUGAAAGCGGAGAACACGCUGGUAGGCGAUAUCCGUACGCUAGAUGGCGAGCGCAAGGCGUUGGUUUACGAUAAUUACUCGAAGCUUAUAAGGGCCGUUGAGACGAUUGGGAAGAUGAGGCAGAGUAUGGACGAGCGCGGGGCGCCGUUAACGAUGACGAAGACGUUAGGGCCAGCGAUUGCAUUUGUGGCGGAGACGGCGGGGAGUUUGAUAAGGGAGGGGGAGGAGCUGAGGGGACGAAUGAAGGAGAGUAAUCCGAUGGCUGAGAAAGAGAAGCAGGAGAAGGAGACUGUGAGGUGGGUUCUCGGUGCGCCGGGGAGGUUGGAGGGGCUUAUCAAGGACGGGAAGAGGGAAGAGGCUGAGAAGGACUGGGAGGAGGUGGGCAGGUUACUUGCGAAAUGGGAAGGAGUGAAGGGUGUGUCUGAAGUUCGUGAGGCUUGUGAGAAGGUCAUGGAGAAGGAAGAGGAGGAAGCCGAUUGA